UGAUGUAGCAUAUUUAAUUUGAUGAAUUCGUAAUUUUAAUUUAUUUUUUUUUUAAUUAAAAUCACUUAGAUCCUGUCACGAGGAUAUGUAUCGUGUCGUGUUUUUGAUUUCGUCUUAGUUAAUUAUGAAAAAAAUAGAUUUGAAGACUAUUUUUAAAACACGGAAAACGAUAAAGUGAAUACAUAAAAUAUAUUAUAAUUCAAAUUUUAAUUUUUUUAUUUAUAACAAACGGGGUGAUCUGUGGUACAUUUUGAUCUAAGUAGCAAAUUGUAUUGACAUUUGCCUGGAUAAAACAAAAGCUAUAUAACCUCUAAUUAAAUUUAGAGACCUAAUUAUAUGUUUUAACGAAGCAGUAAUAAAUUUUGAAAACUGUGAUCUAUCCUUAUUUUAAUAAUAUCGUAAUAAUAAAUCUGUCUGCAUAUUAUUAACUGUGAUAUGGAAUCAAUGGAAUAUGAGCAUGCAAGGAAUAUGACAUUAUUGUUUUUCCUGGAAAGGCUUUUGGAUAAAGGGGAGCCUAGAACUCUGCACGAUCUUUCCUGUCAAUUUGGAGCCAGAGGGUUUACCAGGGAAAUGAGACAGAUUGCCGGAGGAAGCCAAUCAGGAUUAAAAAAAUUUUUGUCUCAAUAUCCUGCACUCUUCAUCAUCAAUGGCGACUAUGUUCAUGUAAAUCCCUAUCAGAAGGUAAUAACAGAGAAUGAUGAGGGGACAUCAGGACCAAAAAAAGAUUACAUUCAGGAAGCAAAAGAAUACUUUAGCAAUAAACUUAUUCCAUAUGGACCAGGAACAGAGGUUCCCAUCAAAAGUCUUUUGGGCCAUAGGAGUCAAGCUUCACCACAAGUUCGUCACAUAUCAGGCCAGCACAUUAAAGAAUUUAGAGACUUUUUAAUGAAACAUCCUGAUAUGUUCAAACUCAUAGAUGACAAUGUAGUAUUAGUAGGUGUUGCUAGUGAAAAUUACCCAUCUAGUGAUAGAUUACAUUUACCAACUCCUCAUAUCGACACUGAUGUCACACAGGAUUUAUUGGAUUUCUUUGCUCAAUGUAUAGAGAUAAAAGGUCCUAUUUUAGUUGAUCAACUUUUCCAUGCUGUAACUUCAAAGUUUCCUCAGGAUCAGUGGUUUAAAGUAUUCAAAACGCCCAGUGACUUGUCGACUUUUCUGAAACUUUUUUCUGACAGUUUUCAUAUCCAAUCGAAUUUAGUUACUUUACUCCAUAAACCUAAGCUAUCGGCAGCUUACAUUCAUCAAGCCGCUAAAACUAAUUCUGCUAGUGACUCUGAGCGAAAGAAUCAGCAAAUUGUUAAUGAAACUGUUACUGAUUUUAAGAUAAAUGAACCGAUAACUAACAGUUACUCAUUGCAGAAUUCAUUGAAUACCGGUUUCAGUAACUUGUAUAAUAAUUGUAAUUUGAAUAGUGUUAAUCAGCCUCCCAGCAAUGAAAACUCAAUUCAGUCACUGCCAAUAGAUGCCACAAAUGUGCCUAAUAUUCAGAAUCAAACUCUCAAACAACGCAUAAACAAUUUAGUGAUUAAAACUUUAGCAGAAAAUAUGGAGAAAGAUAAAAGUACUUCCCAAAUACAUUGUGAUAAAUCAGCCACUUCCAAUUGUUUGACUGGUGACACAUGGAAAAUUAAAGUGUUACAAAUUACGAGACUUGUCAAUACUGUGAAUGAUUGCUUACUUAUUGUGACUUCAAUCAUUCGUUCAGGGUCUGCCACCGAUCAACCUGUUAUCUCCUUUGACUGCGAAGGUAUCAAUCUAGGAGCCAAUGGCCAACUUUCUUUGUUGCAGAUUUGUACAAUGAAGGGAGAGGUAUAUAUAUUCGACGUUUUGGCUUGUCCAGCUCUUGUUACGAAAGGAGGAUUGAAGACACUACUUGAGUGCGAGCAUGUGAUAAAAGUUAUUCAUGAUUGCAGGAACGAUUCCAUUAAUUUGUACAAACAGUUUGGAAUAACCUUAAAGAAUGUUUUUGACACUCAGGCUGCUCACGCCGUACUGCAGUUGCAAGAGCAGGGCAAGCCAGUUUAUAAAGUGAAGAACGUCUCACUAAAUGCUCUAUGUGAACUCUAUGAUGCACCAAUAAAUCCAAUGAAAGAGCAGUUGAAGAACAUUUACCGCCGCGAUCAGCGUUAUUGGGCACGACGACCAAUGACUAGAGACAUGCUGCUUUAUGCAGCCGCCGAUGUUCUGGUUCUUAUGGAUGAUCAUUUGUAUAAACAUAUGAACAGUGCUAUUCAAGCGGAAAAUCGAAAUCUUCUCCAGGAGUUGUGCAGUGAGCAAGUUUUUCUUCACAUCCGCCCGGCUGAUGUCAAAACUCGCAAAAGGCUACGAAAGGUCCAAACUGAGGUCGCCGAUUUGAAAACUAAAUUAAGCAACUCUAGCAAAAAUGUUGUUUUGAGCAACAGGGAAAUAAGACUGUUGAGGUACCUGGAUUUAACCGAAGAGGAGAAAGAUAAGCUCAAAGGUUCUUACAAGGUUGCUAAGAAAUUGGAAAAACUUGAAGGAAUAGGCCAAUACAAGGAUGUAAGCGACUCAGAAGACGAUCUUGACAAUGCUGAUCCAGAAUCCAACAGUCUUGAAAGUUAUUCUGAUAAUUCUUUGACAGGCGCUUUUUCACCUCGAACAUCCGAACCUCCAAGUUUGACUGAAAGUAUGCAGCUGAUGGACGAAAUCAUAGCUGAUAAUUCGAUGGAUCGGUUGUUAAAAAUUGAGAAACUUGAGGCCAUAUUAUCUGCGGUAACUUUGCUUCCUGGGGCUAAUAGUAAUAAUGCCAUUAGCUUAACUCCAGCAAUAUCACCAGACAAAUCUGACUUAAUUGGAGACACUUGUACUGAAGUCAAUCCAAGGAAAUGUGAGUGUAAUUGCCAUAUAUCGACUAAGUCUGAAAAUAAUGUUUUUGUGAAUAAUACGAUGGAUGAAUGCUCAAAAGUAGAUGCGUCUUGUCAGACCCUAAGUACUGGUGACAUAGUCAUUACUAAAAUAUUCUUCAAUGAAGACCAAGUGCCAGACAAGGAAAUCAGGUUGUCUCCUAAUAGAAUAAUUAAUAAUUCACCUUGCUGAUUUUGCACACGACCACAUUGAAGAAGGGGGAUUUUAGAUCGAGAUAAAUUGCCUUGUGAACCUACAAAUCAUUUAAAUAGUAGGUACUAGUGGUGAAUGAGGGCCAUAUUGUCCACACAGGCCGCUACAUUAUUAGGCUCUGUUAAUACUUGUGUCAACAUUGAAUGCAAGAUAGGCGGG